AUGGCACCGACUGCUGUCUCUGGGAGGGUGUUGGCUGCGACGCCUCCUCUGGUAAUGUCACGGUGCUCGACCUCAACAAUCGUGGCUUGUCCAGUAACUGUUCCUUUUCGGUGCCAUCUAGGUCAAGCUCAGGCACUCCUCAAGCUGAAGAAGUCCUUCUCCUUCGAUGAAUCUACCACCACGCUUCCGUCAUGGCGAGAUGGCACCGACUGCUGUCUCUGGGAGGGUGUUGGCUGCGACGCCUCCUCUGGUAAUGUCACGGUGCUCAACAAUCGUGGCUUGUCCAGUAACGGCUUGGACCCAGCGGUCUUCAGCCUCGCAUCCCUUCGACGCCUCGACCUUAGCAUGAAUGAUUUCAGUCAAAACUGGAACGACCCAUUAUCACUGAGGCCAGACAACAUCCCUGCUACUGGAUUUGAGAGGUUCGCUUUGCUAACCCACCUAAAUCUUUCCAAUUCGGGCUUGUCUGGCCAGAUACCUAUUGGCAUCAGUAAACUCGUGAACCUUGUCUCCUUGGAUCUUUCCAAUUCCAUUCAUUACCAUCCUCACGCCGUGAUCAACCUCCAAGGAAACGAUGCUCUAACUGCCGGUCCGUUUCCAGAGUUCUUCAUGGAUUUUCUCAAUUUAACCGUGCUUCAACUUUCUGAUACUAAUCUUGAGGGGUGGUUUCCCUCCAGGUCCUUUCAAUCGAAAAAUCUAAGGGUCCUCGAUUUGUCCCAUAAUCAUGAUCUCGGAGGGCAUUUGCCAUGUUUAUCUAAUUCUAAUUCUCUAGAGACUUUGAGAAUAGGCAUGACCAACUUUUCGUAUGCUAAACCAAUCUGGAACAACAUCCCUGCUACUGGAUUUGAGAGGUUCCCUUUGCUAACCCACCUAAAUCUUUCCAAUUCGGGCUUGUCUGGCCAGAUACCUAUUGGCAUCAGUAAACUGGUGAACCUUCUCUCCUUGGAUCUUUCCAGUUCCAUUGAUUAUGGGCCUUACGACCCUCCUGCAUACUGCUCUUCUGAAAAUUGUAACGAUUUGUUCGAACCCAAUUUUGAUACCCUAGUGGCAAACCUCAGCAAUCUAAGAGAGCUCUACCUUGACGGAGUGGAUUUGUCUCCUAGUGGAGAAGAGUGGUGCAUAUCUCUUGCUACAUCUGUUCCUCGUCUUCACGUACUUAGCUUGGCCUCUUGCCACCUGAGCGGUCCUAUUCAUAAAUCCCUCUCAAGACUCCAUUCUCUCGCCAUACUGGAUCUUUCACGUAAUUCUCUCAAUGGGGAAAUUCCAUCAUCUAUUUUCACUCUUCCAGUAUUAUGUGACCUGGAUCUUUCUUGGAACCACCUUUCCGGCCCUAUACGAGAGUUUGACAAGGCACAUUCACAGUUGGAGUAUGUGGACUUGAGCACAAAUGAAUUCUCAGGUCCUAUUCCCAAGGCAUUCUUUCAACUAACAAGCUUGAAGCAUGUGGACCUUAGCUUGAACAACUUGAGAGGGGAAAUUUCAUCAUCUAUUUUUACUCUUCCAGUAUUACGUAGCCUGUGUCUUUCUGGGAACCAGCUUUCUGGCCCUAUACGAGAGUUUGACAAGGCACCUUCACAGUUGGAGUAUGUGGACUUGAGCAAAAAUAAAUUCUCAGGUCCUAUUCCCAAGACAUUCUUUCAACUAACAAGCUUGGAGGAUGUGGACUUUAGCUCGAACAACUUGAGUGGUUUGGUGGACCUUACCUCGUUUUGGAGAUUAAGUAGCCUUACCUAUUUGAAUCUCUCACAUAACAUGCUCACUGGUAUUCAAUUUACUUCAGAUGUUCUCCCUUCUACUUCACUAGUCAGUCUUGAUCUUAGUUUCAAUAGACUUGGGGGGCGAAUCCCUAUGCCAAACUCAUCAGCAGCAUUCUUGGAUUAUUCAAACAACAGAUUUUCUUCUGUUCUUCCAAACUGGGCUUUCUAUCUUAAUUCCACCAAGUAUCUCAGCAUGUCCAAAAAUAGUAUAAAUGGGCAUAUACCUACUUCAAUUUGCAAUUCAAUGCUGGAUAUCCUUGACCUAUCACAUAACAACUUUAGUGGCUCGGUUCCAUCUUGUCUAAUAGAAAAUGGACAGUUGCGGGUUUUAAACUUGAGGGAGAAUCACUUUGAAGGGAUGUUGCCUUCCAAUAUUACAACCCGAUGUGCUUUACAGACGAUAGAUCUACAUGGCAAUAAGAUUGAAGGGCAGAUUCCCAGGGGACUUUCUAACUGCUCGCAAUUGGAGGUUCUGGACCUUGGAAGCAACCGAAUAGCUGACACUUUCCCUUCUUGGUUGAGGGGGCUUUCCAAUCUUCAUGUGCUAGCCCUGGGAUCCAACCAAUUCUAUGGUGCCAUAAGUGAUAUUGUUGGGGAUAACAGAUCUGAGGAAUGUUUCCCAAGCUUGCAAAUUAUCGAUCUUGCCUCAAACAAUUUCUCUGGGAAUCUGAGAUCCCAAUGGUUCGAGCGGUUAGAAAUGAUGAUGUCAAAGUUCAAUAGUUCAGGAGAAACUCUUUCUAGUCAAAACCUCACAAGCCCUAAUGGAUUCUAUCAAGAUUCUAUUGAGAUCACAUACAAGGGGUCUUAUAUAUCAAUUGAAAGGAUCUUGACUACCCUAACAGUAAUUGACUUCUCAAACAAUAGGUUGGAGGGUACCAUUCCCUAAUCAAUUGGACGACUUGUAUCACUACGCAUACUGAACAUGUCACACAACGCCUUCACGGGAAAAAUUCCAGCCCAACUCGGCAGCAUAAUUGAUUUGGAGUCACUAGACCUAUCCUGCAACCAACUCUCAGGGGAGAUUCCACAAGAGCUAACUGAUCUCACCUUUCUUGCCUCCCUGAACUUGUCAAACAACCGCUUGGUGGGAAAGAUACCGCAAUCGCGUCAGUUCUCUACAUUCGAUAGCAAUUCAUUUGACGGGAAUGCAGGACUAUGCGGACCGCCACUAUCUAAAUUACCUUGUGGCGCUUCGCCUUAUACUCCAAUUGUGCCAGACGUAGACAACUCCUCUCAUCAUGUUGAUGUGAUCUUAUUUCUCUUCAUCGGGCUGGGCUUUGGUGUCGGAUUUGCAGCUGCUAUUGUGCUGAAAUGGGAUCGGAUCGGAAGACGGUUUAUUGCAACUGCAAGAGCUUUGCUAACUUGAUCGCCGAUGGGAAGGUGAGAGUCUGUUUCUGAAUCCAAGCAUUAUGCUUUCCUGGAAUCUAAGGUAGCAGUGAUGAGGUACUCAGGUGUAGGGCGCUAUACCUUCAAGAUGUAUUUAUAAGCCUUUUCCAUAGCCGUUACUUAAGUAUUGUACUUAUAGCAGGUUAAUCUUCAGUUGUACAUCAAGCGUGGAGUGCUUUCAUGCAUCUGGCAUUACACAAUAUCUGUACUACUAGGCAGGAGCGGAGGCGCUCUACGUUGUUGUGCGUCUGCUGUUCAUUGUAAGCUACCAUGUCAAUGCUACUGUUAGUAGCAUGGUAUUGUUUGAUAGUGAAAUGAAUUGAGUCUUGGUGCUUGGCAAGACAUCAAAACAUUA